UUGAUGUCCAGUGGAGUGUAUCAGCGUGGUGAGGAAGAUGAAGGAGUCCAUGGGUUUUUAGUGGAGGACAUUAAACAGGAGAUUCGCAGGUCCUCCAGGCUGAAAUGCAGCCUUUGCAAGAGGAAGGGUGCUUCAGUUGGAUGCAGUAUCAAAAGCUGUAGAAAAAUGGUCCAUUUGCCUUGUGGAAUCAAAGGAGAGUUCAUCUUCCAGUUCACUGGCCUGUUUCCCUCUUUCUGCAGGAAGCACCGUCCCACUCAGACCCUGACGCUGUCGUCCCGAAUCAGCCCGCCCGGGUCCUGCUCGGUGUGCCUGGACCGCAUCGAGCCCGUCCUGUCCUACAGCGUGCUCAAAUGCCCCUGCUGCCACAGCGGCUGGUUCCACAGGGACUGCAUCCAGCGUCAGGCCCACAGCGCUGCCAUGUUCUUCUUCAGAUGCACCCUCUGCAGCAACAAGGACCUGUUCCAGCAGGAGAUGCUCCGCCUGGGCAUACACAUACCGGAGAGAGAUGCAUCAUGGGAGCUUGAGGAAAACGCCUACGAGGAGCUGCUGCAGGUGUACCAGCGCUGCGAUGCUCUGAAAUGCCACUGCAGCAGCGGCCGAAACUACAGCUCCCAGGAGGGGUGGCACAUAGUGCGCUGUACGCUGUGCGGCUCGCGGGGAACACACAGGAAGUGUUCCUCUCUCAGGUUCAACAGCAGCUGGACCUGUGAGGACUGCAGACACGCGCUCAGUGGAGACGGCCCGCUGCAGAGGCACAGGCAGUCCUCCCGGUCCUGCACGCUGAAGCGCUCCGUCCAGCCCUGGAAAAGGUGCUCUGUGCAGGGAAGUUCCCCCGGGGAGAUCUUGCGGCGGCUGGCACGUCAGAUCUCGCAGGUGCAGUCGGUUGCGGUGGUGGUGAAGAGAGGCAGCGUUCUGGAGGCAGCCCUGGAGGUGCUGCGCCGGCCGGAUUUCACCCCACGCCACGCUCUGGCCGUCUGCUUCACCGGCAGCAACACGCAGCAGGAGGGAGUCUCCCGCGGCAACCUGCGGCAGUUCCUGGGACUGCUGCUGAAGGAGCUGCAGAACUCCGCCCUGUUCGAGGGAGCGGAGGACUGCAAGAACCUGGCGCUGGACCCGCGGGCUGUGCAGGAUGAUCUGUACUUCGAUGCCGGCUGCCUGCUGGCCCUCAGUCUGGUCCAUGGGGGUCCUCCUGUGAGCUUCUUCUCCAGGGCCCUGUACCACUGCUUGUUCGGCUUCCCGCGGGACUCCCCCCUCACCCUGCAGGACAUGAGCGACACGCUGCUCGCAGCUAAAGUCAAGGCGAUUCAGGAUGCCGAGUCAGUAGAUGAGCUGAAGGAGGCGGUCCUUUCGGCCUCCGAUUACCUGGAUGUGGCUGGCUGCCUGCGGCCGGUCAGCAGCCUUUCUGAGAGGGACACGCUGGUGAACGACAUGGUCAACUUCCAUCUCAUCACACGAAUACAUUUACCCCUUCAGAGAUUCCGAGAGGGGCUAAAAACUCUGGGUGUCUUUGAUGAAAUCCAGACGCACCCCGAGGCCUUCAGCAGUGUGUUUUGCUGCCCGCCCUGCAGACUGUCCGCGGGUGGCAUGGCUGACCUCUUCACCGUCCACUUUUCUGACAUCGAGGAGCAGAAGACAAAGGAAAUGGCUGCUCUGGGUUUCUGGAGACAGUACCUGCAUGAAUGUGAGGACGGCAGGUGUGCCACCUCACUGGAGGAGGUCCUGAUCUUCACCACCUCAAUGGAGGUGGAGCCGGUGAUGGGAUUUAACCCCGCCCCCAGCAUCUCAUUCGUGCAUCCAGAGGACUCGAUGGGCAUGUUUCCCGAAAGCCAGCCCAGCCUCAACCACCUUGUGCUUCCCGUUCUCCCCUCCUAUGAACUCUUUAAGAGGCACAUGGAGUACACAAUAUGCCAGCUUACUGUGAUGCAGGCGUUGUGA